AUGCUGGCUGUGGAGGUGGAGAUGGGGCUGUUCGCCUGUCUGCUGCUCUGGAUGUGUGUUUUCAGCCAGGAGCCCAGCUCCAAAGUAGUGGCUGACCGCUACGCAGUCUUCUGGAACCGGACAAACGCCAGAGCGUGUCCGCCGCUACGAGCGCUGCGCCGGGCUCCUCUGCCUGUCCUCGGGCUGAGCUUCCUCCGCGUAUGGGACUGUUGUGUGGGAGUGAACAGGGGUUUGGGCUCUGUAUCUCACUCUUAG